CUCACAGCAUUUCUUCCCCAUAACCUCAAACCUCAUCCUAUCUAAUCCCAACAAGUAAGCUUGCAUUGCAUAGCUAUAAUAUCUAUAAUAACUCUCCUAUGAUAGGUAUUUUCCUAUCAGUGUUAAUCCUAGCAUUUGCCAGGAACAUUAUCGGCGUCUCAGAAAUAAUCCUCGUUCAGGUUUUUGCCAAUUGGUAUCUUAAUCCCUCUUAGGUCUUAGGUCUUAGAUCUACGUGAUAUUGCUUCUAGCCUCUUUCGAGUCCUGCAUUAUCUUAUGAUUUAGAACUAUCACCAAGACUAGGUUGGCAUGCCUAGUCCCUUAUCGUUUGGGCCAUUCUCUACUCCGAGCUUCGGGGCUUCUCGAUCAACUCCUACAUCUUCGAAAUAUUCACGUCUCGAUCCGAUGGGUACAUCGUACAUCUCAUAGGCCUCGUUAUAAGUAAAAUAAUCGCUCGCUCCACGAGCAUUUCUACGUCGGGAUGGGUCUUAGCCGUGGUCGUCCGAAGCGGUGGUCUCUGAACGAUACUUAUGGCUUCAUCGCAACCUUCUUCGAGACUCAGACGCGGACGUAUACGCGCCAGGCGGUUGUAAGGUGCACAGCAACACAGAGACCUUCUAGAUCAAUACCAAUACCACAAAGUGCAAAUGCUACUUCAUCCCGCAUCGAAUCACGAGUUCCAAAAACUGCACCACAUCAUAAUGUCCAGCGUAGCUUUCACACGUAUUUUGUCACGCAUCUCCCGUCCUCCUCCUUACACCCGGACUCUCGCCCUCCGACUGGACCUCACCAUAAGUUACCUCGCUCUGCUGCCGCGCCUCACACUGAAGUUUCCGGUGCGGCGCCCGUGUCUCCGCCUCACUUGCCAUCCAACCGCGACUUGACCGUCGUGCGCAUUCCCCUGCGUAGCGCUAAACACCACUUUGGAGUCGCGGAUUCAAGAGGAUCCAGGCCAUACAAUGAAGACACGAAUCAGGCUGGCACCAUCGACAUCCCUGCGUUCGCAAAGCGGGCCCCUAUUAGUCUCGUCCGCAGUACCAUGAACAAGACGGGAGAAGGAACUUCAGCCGACAGCCCCUACGGAGAUCCCCAGAUCUUCUACUUUGCCGUUUUCGACGGUCACGGAGGCACUCAGUGCAGUGAUUUUCUACGGGAUGAGCUCCAUGGAUAUAUCGAGGAGGCAGCCGAAGAGUUCGAACUAAAAAGUAGCCUCCGGGCGGUGCGGAAGGGACAUAGAUCAGAUUCAGAAUCUCACAGUGCGCCAACUCCAAUUUUAUCAGACAGUGAAGCUGGCGGACAGAAGAGACUUGACCGUGUGGAUAUUAAGGGUUCAGAGGCCGCGCCGGCUAAGGCUGACACGCCGGGGAUAGACAAGCGCGGCGCAAUCCAUGAAGUCGAAAACCCCGACGCUAUAGAGGGUGUUCAGCCUGUGCCAGCUAGAGCAUCGGAAUCGAAGGCCCUCCAACUACAAAACGAACUGGUAAAGGAAUAUAAGAGUACGGUCGGCGGGUAUUUCCGUCGCUUUCACCCUCCUUACUUUCAUCUGAAGCGGGAUCCUGAUACCCCUGAACCACCUGUUAGCGUCGAGUCUGUUCUCACGUACGCGUUUCUCCGUGCGGAUCUCGAUUUCAUCGCCGCUCAAGCCCGCAAACCUGACCCUGACGAUCCCUACGUUGCCGACACCGCUCUGAAUCGUGACGAGGUGUUGGGAAAGCCACAUCAUAUGCCACCGUCAGGCCAUGGCAUCGGCGGCCCUACAAGAUUUAAAGGGGGCUCGACAGCCUCGGUAGCUCUCAUAUCCACACCGACGCCUGCCCCGUUCUGGCACCCGGCUGCUAGCUCCACCUUAUUAGUCGGGCACGUGGGCGAUACACGCAUCCUGCUAUGCGAGACUGCUACCGGGUUGUCUCGUCCCUUAACUUCAGAUCAUCACCCAAGCUCUCCAAGCGAAUCGCACCGUCUGCGACGGUUUGCAGCAUCCAUAACGGACUCGUUCGGCGAAGAGCGGAUCCAGGGCCUUGCCAACUCUCGGGCAUUUGGUGACAUGGCAUCCAAGCGUCUAGGCGUCUCGGCCGAGCCAGAGAUCACGCGGACGGAGUUGGGGCCGGCUCAAUACAGCUUUAUCGUCCUUAUGUCCGACGGCGUGUCGGGAACGUUGAGCGAUCAAGAGAUCGUAGAUGUGGUAAAGGAAGCGAAGACACCGGAACAGGGUGCUAGGGACGUUGUGGCAUAUGCCACCGAAGUCAGCGGCGACGGCGAUAAUGCAACAUGCCUUGUAGUUAGGCUCGGCGGAUGGGAGCGUAGGAGCGAGGGGGGUUUAGGAAGCUUAGGCACCAAGGAGAUUCGGGACUUUAGACGUAACGAGGCCAUGGAUCCUCGGCGGGGAAGAAGGUAGACGAUAUAUAUCUUGGAGUAUAAGCUUUACUCUAGCGCCCGCGCGAAAACGGGAAAUUCGCGUAUCACAUCAAGCCAUGUCGAGCGUUAACCAUAUGAAUUAAUAAACCCAUGAGCCGCCGUCUUGUUACAGCGCUUGUUUAAACUUUA